AUGGAAAUCAUGAAAUGACAAUUGCAGAGUUAUGUUAUUCCAAGUUCAUGCUUUUCAGACUUGACUUUAUCUAAUCCAAGACUCCUAUAACACAGCGUGUCAUGUUUUUUUUUCAAAAUGUAAAACAACCAUGAAAAUCCUUGAUAGACGUAAACGGUAUCCGAUCAAAUAACUCUAUUUACACCGGAAUUUGUGACACGCUUGGUCCGCCGUUGUUUCAGUCAUUAGAAACUUAAAUGUAAACAAAGCUGUCGGAGUGAUGGAAAAUAGGGUUGCAAAUCGGUUUGUUGAACAGGUAAAUGACCUGAUACCCAAGCCAGAAGAGAGAGAUGCUAUAUUUAGAUCUCUGGAAGUUUAUCAGCAAACGCUUGAUCUUCUCCAACUGGUAGAGGAAAUGAUGAAGUACAUAGAUGAACCAACCAAACUAGAGCUAUUUGAAUAUUUGAGGCCACUCAUUCCUCCAAAGCAUCAGGUAGAAUAUGACAAGUUGGCACCUCCACCUGCAGGACAAAAGUUAAGAGUUGUUAAUCUACGGAGACGACAGAAUGAAAGUCUGGGGUUUGCAGUAAGAGGAGGAUUUGAACAUGGUAUUGGAGUGUUUGUUUCUCAGAUUACACCAGGAUCUCAGGCAGAUAUACAAGGGUUAAAGGUUGGAGAUGAAAUUGUCAGAGUCAAUGGAUUUACUAUUGCUGAAGCAAUCCAUGAGGAAGUCCUGAAUCUUAUCAAAACGUAUAAUCAGAUAGAACUAAAAGUCACAAACAUUGGAAUGCUUCCCGUCAGAGAUAAAGCUGAACAUGAUGUUACAUGGAGAUAUGUAGAAAAACAGGCUUCAAAGAGAAGAUCGCAAAGAGACAGUGGAAGAAAAUCCAACAGUUCUCUUGACAAAGAAGGAGAGGAAGUUAAAGUGUUUGUAAAUUUGAGAACUGCUCCAACACUUGGUUGUAGUAUAAUCAGUGGUCCUAGACAUUUCCCAGGUAUAUAUGUAGAAGUGGUCAAACAGAACAGUCUAGCAGAGAAAGUAGGCAUGGAAGCUGGUGAUCAGAUUAUCAAAGUUAACGAUACAAGUUUUAUAGAUAUCACACAUAAAGAGGCUGUGGUGGCAUUAAAAAGCAGUAAAGAAUUAAUAGUUAUACUCAGGAAGCAUGUGGGUAUUCCAUUAAUCCAGAGUGGAAGUUCUGCCAUGAAUCGCCAGAUGACUCGACCAGCAUCCCCUCCACCACCACCUGUAGCAGAAGAUGACAGCUCCUCACUGAAUGACAGGUCUGCAGUAAAUGACAGAAUAUUUGACAGAGAUGAUAUUUAUAACACAGAAACUAAGAUGCAAGUUGACAACUCAUCUCAGAAUACAGAUGAGGUACAUGUAGUAUCAUCUUAUAAUCUGAAGAGUAAAGAAGGAAGGUUGCCAGACCAGACAGAUAAAGAUGAUAUGAUACAAAUCGUUGAUAUUAUAGAACCAGAGGUCAGUAUUGAGAACAAAGAUGUACCAUCAGACAAUGAAGAAGAUGAUACGGCUGAAAGAUUACAAAGAGUGUUACAACAGAAGUUAGAUGAGAACAAGAAAGAGGCAGAGUUGUUAAGAAUGCAGAGUGGAUUUGUGAAAACGUUUUCUAAACUUUGGCAGCCAAAGUCAUUGUUUAAAAAACACAAGAAAGAGGAUGAAAUUUUGUCUGGUCGAGGAGGUCCUCUGAAGAAAACAAGUUAUGGUUUGCUUGGAAAUCCUCAGGGACUACAAGGAUCUGAUAGAAAUAAUACAUCUGAUGUCAGCACUUACUUUUGACACAGUAGAUGAUUUAGGAGUAGAACAACCAGUUUAUUCUGUGAUAACUUAUUUGAAACCAUAAACAGAUCAUUGUUAAUAUGGAGAGCAUCAAGUGUGAUGGAGUAUUACAAUUGAAAACAAAAAAAUAUAUUGAUGUGCCAUUUAGUUAAAACAAAAUUUGAUAAUAAAAAAAAAACCUAUUCAGGAA